GUGGUGCUGCUCAACCGCGCGGCGGCCCCGUGCGACGUGGCCCUGCUCGCACCCCGCCGGGGCACGCUGCGGCUCCAGCUCCCGGCGCACUCGUUCGCCACCGUGUGCUGGAAGGCCGAGGCGGCCGCGCCCACGGAGCAGACCACCCCGCGAGGCGAGCAGUCCGGGAAGCUCGCUACCGCCGUCUCGGGCACGCUCCGGCGCUGCAGCCGACCUUUCGCGGCCUGA